AUGUACAUGAAUGUUUACAAGAGUUGUAUCGCGCGUGUUGUAGCGGGCUGGCGCCGCUCCUGUCGCGGGAGUCGUUCGCUCAGCGCGGCUAACUUUCUCUCACUGGCAUGGCGCGCUCGCGGACGGACGAAAGUGAAUCUGCACUUCCCCCGCGCGCCCUGCCCUGCCCUGCCUCUGCACCGCCUGCCGCCUGCCGCCCGCCCAGCACACUGCCACGCUGCCUGCAACUACGACCUCAACUUUAACCUUAUACUGUGA